GAGUAACGGUAUCUGUUCCGGUGUGUCUACCAAGCAUCCCGUACCAAAUAUUUCCACAUUCUUUCGCUGAUUUGAUCUGUGUAUGCGAUCGUCUUGUCUCCACUCGACGAUCACCGCCAGAGAUUCAACAACUUUCUACAUCCACGUUGGUACAAGCACGAAUUGUUUGCGACCUUACACCAACGCUCGGCGAAAAUCAUCGACCGCUAUCUCACUACGUAUUGCGUUAUCAAGGUUAUUUCUUCACUUCCUCCACCUCCUCCAUCUCGAUGCUCAAUGUAAAUCAUGCCACGACGUAAAUCUUUUGGCGCUUUCGGCGUGCCAUAAGAGUAAAACAGAUGCAUCAUGGGGACCGAUUGCCAUGCAGCUCAAGGCGCGGGUUCUCCAUUUCUUGCGAGGAAGACUCAAUCAAGGAGACUCCGUGGAAAUAUCAAGAGACCCCGAAAUGAUUACCACAAGUGUGAUCAUGUGUUUAUAUGAAAUCAUUGAUGCAUGCGAUGAACAGUGGGUAGUUUACCUUCGAGGCGCGCGCGACAUUAUCCGUAUCCGAAAACAAUUCCCAUUACUUGCCACUGAAAAAAGCCUAUGGCAGCCUCUCUUUUCAUUUUCAGAACGCUUCUUCGCAUACCAGGAUGUACUGGGACGAACAGCAUGUGCCGGUGUACCAAAUUUCAAGAGUUGUGCUUGGACAUCGAAAGCUCACGAAAUCGAUAUAUCAAUGGGCUGUUCCCCAGAACUCUUCCACAUACUAGGGUCAGUCACAGAUCUAAUUAAACUGAAACGUAAAGAUCCUAUGUGUGCAUCUGAGGAGCUGUUUAUCAAUGAAGCUGCAAGCCUGGAGCAACGACUCAAUGGUCUCAUCCAGACUGUACAUCAGGAUGACGAUUGUGUAAUUUUGCACUCGGCAGAAUUGAAGCGACAGGCGGCUAUCUUGUACCUUCACUGCACUCUGUACAACGCAUCGCCUAACACAGAUUUUGUUGUCAGGCGAGUUCCUGAAAUUCUUCAAAAUAUUUCCCUGUGCCUAGAUAGUGGCCUUGUAACAAGUUUGACAUGGCCUGUUUUCGUUGCGGCAGUCGAACUCAAUCCACUAGAUGACAUGAUUAUGCUUGACAAUAGACAUGUGUCAGGGCGAGAAUUUGUUCUCAGUACAUUGGCAGUAAUGUCAACCUGUACCAUUGCAAAUUUAGAGAGGACGAGAUCAGUCAUAGUGGAUGUUUGGCAACGCAGAGAUUUAUCUUUGUUAGAAAACACUAUGCAGGGCAUUACAAGCGAUUGGGAGAAGUAUGUCGAGCCUGUUAGUGUAAAUUUAAGUCUCGGGUAACGGAAGACACUAUACUUAGUCAAAAUCUUUCA